CCGAAGUGUUUCUUCCGCGUUAAGUCGUUUCACUCGGACGGGAAGUAAGGUCGUUUAUCAUAUAAAAGAAUAGUAAUGACAGAUGUAUCGGAAUUCUUCAAUAAUAAUAAGAAAUGACAACAUGUUAUACUCGCAAAUGAAUUCAAAGGGAAACACGCACUAUCUUUGAGUAGGAAAGUGUAAUUUUUAAGUUAAAAGAUGAGUUGUUCUCCUUCCUUUUGCAAUAUUAAAGUUUAAAAAUAAAAAAUUAAAAGUUAAAGUGAAUCUGGCCGAGUGUAUGGAUAUCGAAAUUAAAGAUAUUCGUUUAUAUGAAUUCCCAUAAUUUCUCGUAUUAAAAUCACUUUAAGCAAGCUUGAUUACUCCAUUAAUUAUAUUGGCACCUGGCUAUAUACGCUUGUGUAAAUAAAUGAUUGUACACACAUACAUACAUUCAUGUCUUUAUAUGUUUGUACGUCUUAUACUUACGCUUCCACAUAAAUAAAUUCUCUCGCGAUAGUUAUGUGUUAAAAAUUUAAAGGAAAAAACUAGUAAAGGCAUUUUCCUUGCAUAAUAAUCUGAUAGUGUCAAUACGGAGGGAAUAAGAAGUGCUUUGGCCCGUUUCCGUAAUAGAACGGGCCCAACGCUUCCACAACCAUCUCCAUCCGUUUCACAACAGCCCUUACCGGUGGAAACCGAUUUACCAUUCCAAACUCCCCCGGAACAACAAAACAACCUAAAUGGUUCGACUAAUCAUGUUCAAGUUACGUCCUGCUCCUCUACCCCUUCAGAGCACAAAAUAUGCGAAAUUCAAUCGAUAACAGUGGGAAUGCCGACUAAGCGUUGUACAAAAGAAGGGACUCUAAAGCCUUUAACUACUGAAAUGCAAACCAUGACUUGUGGUGGCACAUCAAAGGGUAUUCCAAAGACGAAGCCGUCUGCGAGUUCUCCAGUUUGCUUUAGAAGUACACGUUCUGCUGCAAUGGUAGCACUUGCUCUGAGAAAUCAAAGCUUAACCGGUGCUAAUAGCAAAAUUAAGAGCUUUCACACCAUAAAUGCAACCAAUUCAGCUGAAUCAACGUUUUCAAAACCACCGACCAUCGCACAACCGAAUGCAAAUGUAUUGAAUGCGCAUGUCAAUGGAGUUAAUGAUAUGGACAAUGGAGAAAAUGGUUCUAGCGGAUCAGAUAAUGAUGGUGUAUCGAAUAGUUCUUCGUCAUCGGCAACGGCAUUGAGACGUUUACAUUUCAAAAGUGGCGGACGGAGUUCGAAGAAUAUUCUAACCUCAAAUAUUGCUAAUAUGUCUCAUGUAGCGCGAAAAACAGUUACUACGAACGCAAAUUUACAUCACGUUGCAAAAGAAGAAAAACAAAAUUGCUCUUCUUCGUCAUCUGUUCCAAAAGUUAUCGUUAUGGGCUCUUCAAGUGGCUCGAUUGCCGAUGCAAACAUAAAUACAUCUACCGAUUCAGCAUCAACCAUGAUCACAAAUAUAACGCACACAGACACCUCGGAAACCGUCGAUUCGUUAGAUUUUGGUGACAAUUCCGGACAAAGUGAAACAAUUUUUAGUUCGCUGGAAGAACCUUUACUUACCGCAAUUCAGAUGGACUCUGAAAUAGAGCUGACCCACUCAUCCGGAUCACAUUCCCGACAUGACUUACGGGAUAGUAUAGAGAGUCAAGAAUCUUGUCUGUCCAUAACAGGGGAACCGUCAUCAACAACACCCCUUCUUUCCACUUUUGCAAAACAUUCUAAUGCGAAUGAUUACGAAGUUGAUAAAAAGUGCUUAUCACGUUCUUUACUUGGUGGCCAGACAGGAAGCUUCGACAAACCAUCAUCUCCAAAAUCUGCAAGUAACCGCGAAAAGUUAUGCCGACAAUUUAGCGAAAAUGCGCGCCACCUAGUGGAAGAGAACAUGCAAUUAGCAACAUUAGAGGGUAAAAUGAAAAGUUUUAGUAAAAAACGAUCCUUGCAUCAAAAUCAUCAUCGAUACGAUGGAUGCGCUACGUCUAUGGAUGGUAAAGCGUCAAUAUCUCUUAAAGAUCAAGCUACUGUUGCAGAUAUCAGCGAGACAGGACCAAAACAUCUAGCAUCUUCUUCUAAAAUUAAUUCCGCGCCUCCUACCUUAAAAGAUAGCAAUUUUUUCGGUAAUGAUUCAUUAACAAACAGAAUUGAUAACAAACUAUGCUCGUCAUCUGCUCAAAACUUUGAUCAGCGCAACAGUUCAUCAACUUCGUCGUCGGAAAGCAGUACGAAAUCUAAAGAUGGUGAAUGUAUUAUGUUUCCUUUUGAUCGUGAAGCUCUUGAUUACGAACGUAUACAACGGGAAUGUUAUUCCGCAAAUCAAGCCUUAAGCUCUUCAUCUACUACAAGCGAAUCCGAAGAAGUUGAACGUUGUUCUGUUUACGAGCGAAAAUUAGCCAAUCAUCUGGAAACAAUUCAUUCAAAUGAUAUUUAUCAACAUUACACACUACUAUCGAAAUACGAACAAAGGGAGAAAAAGUUUACUGGGAAAAGAAACAAACGCUUAAAAUCAGACGGUAUCGUUCCAAAAUAUCUACCUCCCGUAGAUGCAUUUUAUCCGCAACCGAAGCCUACUUCACCGACGAAUUCCCAAUGCUCGUUGUUAUUCCACGCAAACCUUAACAAAUUUGACGAUAUCGCAUCUAAAUUUGAUCAAAUGCCACGAAAACACGGCUCCAACGCCGAUAUAGUCUUUAAUCAAAGUAUAUCCCCUUCCAACGUGAACGCAAUUCCAAACGAUAGUAACAAUGAUAUAGAAAAAAACUCUUCGAAAACUAACGUAUGCAUGACAGCUUCAUUUCUAAAUUUACGUCCAGACGCCUAUGGCAAUAGGUCAGGCAAAAAAUCUUACAAAUCAAAAAAUUCAUCAGCAAUCGACGAAAUGGAAACCGCAGUUAAAAUACAUGAGAUCUUGGGGAAAUGUCAAUUGAACAGUAAAACUUGUAAUAGCCUGGGAAACGUGAGCGGAACAAAUUCGGGUGAAUCUAUUAAUGUGACAGCCAACCCUAUGGAAACAGCGGUUUGUACACAGCCAAGAGCAACCAUUGUCGUCCAACAACCGUCCCUUAGCUUAGACAACACGGUAGAAACUUUGUUAAUAAGCAAUGAGAAUGAAUUCGUAAGCGUUGAACAGGACAAAGAAACCACUAAUCUUAUGUCUACAAAUAAAAAAUAUUUGCAACCUGGACAGCAGCAGCAACAACAAAGCCGUGCCGAUAACAUAAAGCAAUUACUAGAUGUGACAAGCUCUUUGACGCUUAAAGAGUUGAGAGAUUUUGAAAUGCGUUACGGUUCGCCUCAUCACAGUCGUUCGCAAUCGGUGAAGGCAUUAGGCAGUCGAGGAUCGGGACGGCCGAACCAACUGUGUUUACCACAACAACGGUUCAGAGUGGCUUCAAUGCCAAAUACUGGCGUAGAAGAAGAAUAUUAUAGACUGAGGCAUUUUUCUAUCACUGGAAAAGGUGUAAUCAACCGUGGAGAUUCUUUGAGAAGUCGAAGAAGCCGGUCAAAUAACAGCGUAGCAAGCUCGAAUUCUAGUAACGAGCUCUUAACCACCACCCGAGUUCCUGCUGGAAAUUCAUCGCGAAACUCAGCAAAUUGCAGUUUGGUUUCAAGCAGAGAAAGCAGUACAUCAAAUCCGGGCAACGGACCCUACAGGGUUUUAAUGCUUGGCGCCACAGCUGUCGGGAAGAGCUCAUUAGUAUCACAGUUUAUGACUUCGGAAUAUUUGCAUGCCUAUGACACUAGUAUAGAUGAUUCGGAUUCUGGUGAAAAGUCAGUUUCUGUUUUGUUAAGUGGCGAAGAAUCGGAACUAAUUUUUAUAGAUCAUCCAUGCGCUGAAAGGACGCCGAACGAUUGUUUGAACUCUUAUGAUCCUCACGGUUAUUGUGUCAUAUAUUCUGCUGCAGAUCGCAACAGUUUUAACGUAGCCGAACAGAUCUUACAAAUUUUAUGGACUAAUCAAAAUAUUGCGCAGAAAGCGGUAAUUCUUGUGGCAAAUAAGUCAGACUUGGCCCGCAGCCGUUUAGUAAGUAUAGAAGAAGGAAAAGCUAUGGCCACGGCUUAUGAUUGUAAGUUUAUAGAAACGUCGGUAGGCAUAAAUCAUAACGUUGACGAACUGUUGGUGGGCUUAUUAUCACAAAUCCGUUUAAAAUUGGAAAAUCCUGAAAAAUCACGCGAUUUAUUCAGAAAACGUUCCGUACGUAAAUCAAAACGACGUGCUUGUUCGCCGUUAAGCGGUGCAUGUUUAACAGGCAAUGCAAGUCUUAAUUCAACUCUAGGUCCUUUGGCGAAAGUUGUUACCGAAAUUCAAACGCCGCCAGCAAGUAUACACAGCAGUCCACGCAAAUACCGCGGCACCCGGACUUCGGCUAGUCUUAAAGUCAAAGGUCUGUUAGGACGUGUAUGGGCAAGAGAUUCAAAAUCAAAGAGCUGUGAAAAUUUGCAUGUAUUAUAAGUCUCUAGCAACAAACGAUACAAUAUGAAAUAUGAAAAUAUCUAAUCGAAACACAAUUGUCCACAAUCCUUGUAUAAAUCGCACGACAACCAUAUCUUCGUAAUUUUUGCAAUUUUUAUACUAAACAAAACAAUAAUUAAAUAACGUUCCAGUUAAUGCAUGAUUUUAUGUGUCGAUCGAACCAAUUUCAGAUCACAAAUCUUUUCAAAAUGAACUUAGGAAGAUGUUACAUUUUAUCUUUAUUGUCUGGGUUGAUCUUAACUUGAUUUUCUGUCAAUAUAAUAACUCAUUAUCAUAAUUAUAGCCCAAUCCUUAUAAUUAAAAUUUUGUUAAAAGUCUCUCGAACGGGUUAUAAUGUUUAUAGAAUAUGAUAAUCAUAUCAAAAUUUCGUUAACUUCAGUUGUAUUUUUUUGCAUUGUGUUAUCAAUAAUUUAAAAGGGACCAAUAAAAAAAAAAAGGGAAAAAGGUAA